AUGGACUUUGGUUAUGAUGAUGAUGGUAUUGAGGAUGGCAUGAUACAGUUAGUCAUAGGUGCUACAUAUGAUGAUGUCAAUCAUUUCAGGGUUGUCCUCCAACAGUAUGUGAUUCAGGAGGCUUUUGAUAUAUUGAAAAUUAAGAAUGAGAAAACUAGAGUUACUGCAGUGUGUAAAGCUCCUGGUUGUACUUGGCGAGUACAUGCUUCAGCGGUUGAUGAGGAUAAGGGUGUUAAGCAUUCUACGACAUUUAUGAUAAAGUCGUACAAUCCCAAGCAUGCAUCUUACAAGGUUCAGCCCUUUUACAUGAAGUUGUACCGGGCACGCAUGCUUGCUCUGGAAAUGAAUCAGGGUAGUCCUAAGGAUUCGUACUCCUAUCUACUUGCAUAUGGUAGGAUGGUGUUGGCUAAGAUGCCAGGUAGUCUAUUCAAGAUCCAGUACCAGGAGAUGCGUGACUUGUCAGGGAACCCUAUCUUCAAGAGAGUGUUUGUUAGUUUCAAAGCAUGUGUUUCAGGGUUUGUAAAGGGAUGCAAACCAUUAAUUGGUGUGGAUGGCUGCCACUUAAAGGGCCGAUAUAGAGGCAUUCUUUUGUCAGCAGUCUCGUAUGAUGGGAAUAAUGAAAUAUUCCCUGUGACAUAUGUUGUAGUUGAAGUUGAAUGCAAAGAUAGCUGUCUUUUUUUCCUUGAAUGUCUAUACGAAGCUCUUGGUAUGAUAACUGAUGAUAUGGCUCUGACUUUUAUGUUAGACAAACAAAAGAUGCCAUCACUAGAGUAUUCCCUAAUACACACCAAAGAUGAUGUGUCAGAUAUUUAUACCAGAACUUCAAGUCAGCAGGUUAAUCAGGACAGUUGCUUAGGAAGCACUUCUGGUUAG